AUGCCAGGGCGCUCAAGUUCAAGUUCAACUGGCUUCAUCUCCUUCAGCGGUGUUGAGUCAGCUCUCUCCUCCUUAAAAAACUUCCAGUCCUGUAUCAACUCUGGAAUGGAUGCAGCUUCUAAUGUUGCUUUGGACCUUGUGGAAAGUCAGACUGAAGUGAGUAGUGAAUACAGUAUGGACAAGGCGAUGAUUGAAUUUGUUAUGCUGGACCGGGAACUAAACCAUUACAUAAAGGCUGUCCAGUCUGCAAUAAACCAUGUCAAAGAAGAGCGACCAGAAAAAAUACCCAAUUUAAAAUUAUUAGUGGAGAAGAAAUUUGUGGCACUCCAGAGUAAGAAUUCUGAUGCAGAUUUUCAAAACAAUGAAAGAUUUGUGCAGUUUAAACAACAGCUGAGAGAACUAAAGAAGCAGUAUGGUCUUCAAGCAGACCGAGAGACUGAUGGACUAGAAGGCAUGGAUGAAGAUAUGAUUGUGACCCAAAGUCAGACCAACUUCAUCUGCCCCAUCACUCAGUUGGAAAUGAAGAAGCCAGUGAAAAAUAAAGUGUGUGGCCACACCUAUGAAGACGAAGCCAUUGUUCGCAUGAUUGAGUCCAAGAACAAACGGAAGAAAAAGACCUGCUGCCCCAAAAUUGGCUGUAGCCACACAGAUGUGAAAAUGUCAGAUCUGGUCCAGGAUGAAGCACUCAGAAGGGCGAUUGAGAACCACAACAAGAAAAGAAACCGCCACUCAGAAUAG